AUGUCAACCCUAAAUGACUCCUCGACCCAUGCCGCUGAGCCCAAGAAGGCCACCGAGACACAGUUCAUCAACAUCCGGAAACUUCUCUCCAAUGACUAUGCCGAGAUUAUCGAACAGAUCAGAAGGUGCCCACUUGAAGUCCUGAAUAAAGAUGAAGGAUAUUUUCUUCGCACGAUGGUAAGGGACAAGAAUCGUCAGAGACUUGAGAAGCUCGGAAGCUCCUUCAGAUUUGGCGUCCCUGAAGCGGACGCACGCCGCAUUUUCAUCGAUGAACACACCUACGACAAAGCCCAGGGUAUUCUUGAACGGGAAAUGGUGAUACUCGACGAGUUAAGAAAAGAACUGGGCAUCUACGUGCCGAGAAGGGCCAAUAAUAAUCAGUACUUCCGUCUUGCGAACGUAUUCGCGUACAUGAAUGGCCUUGCAGAGGAAGUGAUGGAGCUGAAGGGCGAAGUUAAUACAUCUACCAAGACAACACUGGCCAGAAUCAAGUUCUAUGUCACCAUGAGAAAGAAGCAGGUUGAGAUCUCCGUCAAUGCCCCUGUCCUCUGCCAGGAUGUCCAGAAGUGGUAUGGGGUGGAAGGGAGGUUUCGUGAAAGAUUCACGGAUGAGGAAGCAGAAAGGCUUUUUGAAGCAGAGAAGGACAAAUAUUUUGAGCUCAGGAGGGAGCUCGAAUCAGCCCCAAUAACGCCCAGCUCGUUGUCUUUAUCCUCACAAAACAUCAAGAUUUCAACCCCAAAUGACUCCUCAACCCACACCGCUGAGCCAAAGAAGGCCACCAAAGACCAGUUCCACCGCAUCUGGAAGAUCUACGCCAAAUUCUACCCCGACGUUGUACAAAAAAUCGAAGACAGCCCAGCAUUGGAUACCACCGAGAAGCAUCUUCUUUGCACCAGGCUACGCGAAAGAAUUGAGAAGAGAUACAAAUCCCUGGGAGAGAUCUUCAGCUUCGAUGGCCCUGCAAAGGAGGCGAGCCCCGAAUUUAUCGAGAGACACACAUUUGACGAAGCCGAGGAUCUUUUCGAAGAAGAAAUGGCCUGGCACAACGGCCUGAAAGAAGUCCUGGGUAUGGAUGAGGCCCCGGGUAUCGUUGACGCAAAUCCUGUAUGGAGAAGGGCAGCCCCAGAGCAAUACAUGGUCAUCAACCAGUUGUUUGAAGCCAUCGAUACACUUGAGGAGCAAAUGAGGAAGCCUAAGGGUGGACUGGACGAAGGGACAAGAAUCAAGCUGGCGACCAACAAGUUCUAUGCAGCCAUGAGACGGGAGAAGCUGGGGAUUACCGAAAUCGAAUGCACUCCCGCCCACGGCCCAUUAUCCUCCCACAAUGACGCCACCCACAAAUUCCACCUCCCGGGAGGACACUCCUUCCGAAACAGCUCCUUGUCCUCUCGCUCCUUCUAUCUGUCACCUUAA